CAUUACCUCCUCUCCUCCCCUCAGUCCUCUCCUCAGAACUCUGAAUACAAUCAAAUCAAGAUUUUUUGCAAAUGUAUAUUCGCCUGUGAAAUAUCUCUGUAUAAUAUUGAUUACCGCAAUUCUUGAUAUUCAAGAUGCCUGAAGCAACACCUAGAAAUAUUAUUGACAAAUUUUUCUUCACAGUUGGAAGUGUCUUGGAUGCCCCUACAGUAUGGGUUAGAGAAAAAAUUGUGGAACCUAAUCAGAAAAAUUACCCAUGGUACCAUCAAAAAUUCCGCAGAGUACCAACAAUUGACCAAUGUUAUACUGAUGAUGUUGUAUGUAUCCAUGAGGCUAAUGUUCAGUAUAAAAGAGACAAAUUAGUUGAUAAUGAAAUUCUGAGUAUUCUACGUCAAAGAUUUGAAGAUUGCACCAUGUAUGAGGCUCCAGAUCAUCUUGAGAAGUGUACCCCCCUGAUGAGACAAUAUGAAGAAGCUGCUGGAAAUUGGUUUGCCAAGUAUGGUGAUUUAGGUGCUUAUCAUGAUGCUCGACGGGCUUACAUGAAACAAAAACACAGGAUGGUAUGGGAACGCAGACAUGGCCCUGUUGGAAGUGGAAUGAAGAAAACAGGUUCACUUGAGGAAUAAUUGAUUAAUUAAAGACUAAUCAAAUAGUUUUCAUUAUUGUGGAAGUUAUGAAUGAGAGAUAAUGUCCACAACACUAUUUGUCAGAUAUUUCAUAACUCAUUCACUGUUUGAUUCAGUCACUUUGUAUAUAGAAUAUAUUUAGUAGAUCUAAUACACCAAGUAGAAAGUCCCAAUACUUCA